AGGAAACCGUUCUUCAGCCGAUUUCCAUGGGCACUAGAAACGUGGACGAUCAAGAUGCAAUUGAGAAAUUAGGGAAAAUCAACGGUCACUGUUAAAUCAAAACCUCAUUCUUCAGCCGAUUUUCAGGGUAGCACGAACAAAACGAAUAAGAAAAAGAAACAGAUCAAUCCAUCUGCUAUCGCAAAACGUCAUUUCUGUUCGGCACAAGGAAUCGGAUAAAGAUAAUGGCUGAAACAAAGUCAGGUAUGAGGAAACCUGUUUUCACAAAGGUGGAUCAACUGCGACCUGGAACCAGUGGCCACAAUCUGACUGUCAAAGUUGUUAGCUCCAAGCUGGUGUUGCAGAAAGGCCGACCAGAUGGCCCACAGCUUCGCCAAAUGCAAAUCGCUGAAUGCUUGGUUGGAGAUGAAACAGGGACUAUAGUUUUCACUGCAAGAAACAACCAAGUGGACUUGAUGAAAGCUGACAACACUGUAAUUCUGCGAAAUGCCAAAAUUGACAUGUUUAAGGGAUCAAUGAGGCUUGCAGUGGACAAAUGGGGACGUGUGGAGGUGACAGAAGCAGCUAAUUUCAAGGUAAAAGAGGAUAACAAUCUUUCACUGGUUGAGUAUGAGUUGGUUAAUGUUGUGGAAGAGUGAUUACAACAGAAGAUGAUUCUUCAUGCUAUUUUGGGCCAUAGUAAUGGAAUCUGGCAGAAUAUAUGGCUAGAGUUAUGGGGUUUUAUUGCAAUUCAUGUUAUGGUUUGACUGUUUAUUGAAAAAAAAGUCUGCAAAGAAAAGGUGGAUAACAGAUGCAGUUGCAGUUGGUGGAACAAUCAAAAAUAAAAGAUCAUAGCAGACUGUGUUAUGAGGUCAAAAAAAAAAUGGUUUGUUGUUCUGUUCCUUAUGUUAUCAAGACUUGAAAUGAUGUUGUUAUCAUGUUUUCUGGAACAUGUA